AGUGCCGCAGAGUGACAGUUACCGUCGUUAUUUAAACACAACAGACGCGCUAAAAACAAACAACAGAUAAAAACCACCCUAAAACUAUUAUGAUAGUGUUAAAAUAACGCAGAGAGAUGCGAUGGCUUCCAAAUCCGAGCAGCUGCUGAUUGUUGUUUCUGUUCUCGAAGGCCGUCAGUUUCCCAGGAGUCCACGGCACACGCUGAUAGUCGAGGCCCGCUUUGACGGAGAGACUCUGGCCACAGAUCCUGUAGAACACAAAGAACAGCCGCAGUUCUGCACCGAGCUGGCCUGGGAGCUCGACCGCAAGACGCUGCACCAGCACCGACUCCAGAGGACUCCCAUCAAGCUCCAGUGUUACGCUGUGGACUCCAGCACGUCUGCCAGAGAGUGUGUGGGAUAUAUCAUCAUCGAUCUGAGAUCAGUGCAGGAGAUCAAACAGGCUCCUAAAUGGCAUUCUUUGCUCAGUAGUAAGUACACGAAACUGAAACCCGCUCUUCUGAUCAGCAUGAUCUUAGAGAAUGACACCAAAUCAACAGCUGAGCAGUUCAGAGCAAAGAAAGCCCCGCCGAGGCCAGGUUCUCCAACGCUGGUUCCUCUGGACUCUGGUAAACUCAAAGCGGUUCUGAACGAGGAAGAAGGUUUUCAUCAGAUCGGACCUGAAGAUGUCUGCUCCGACAUGUUUGUGCUGUCGGUAACGGUGGCGUUUGCUACUAAAUUGGAGCAGCUGAUCUCCGGCUCGACUAAGCUGUCCAGCGAGGGGACUGAGUUCUUCUUUUAUUACACUCUUUUGGGGAACGACGUCACCAGCGAACCUUUCCAGAACCUCCUGAGUCCAAGCUUUGAGCCGGAGCGAGCGUCCGUCCGCGUCCGAAGCAGUGAGCGAGUCCUGCAGCUCUUCCUCAGCCAGCAGCCCUUCCUGCAGAUCCAUCUCUGCUGUGGAAACCAGUCUCUGGGCAGCACUGACAUCAGUCUGUCUGGGUUAAUGAAGAGCAGCGCUGAUCUCACUAAAAACCCUGCCACAAUCGAGGGAGCUUUCAUCCUGCAGCCCCCGAACCGAGCGAAGCCCAGCCUGCAGACCGUCCCUGCGGACCUGCAGCCCACCGUGGGCGUCUCGGUGACGCUGAGAGCCGAAGACGUCAGCAAUCGGCUAGACAUACCCACUGAAAAUGGACCUAAAACUCCAGUGAAGAAAGGGCCCGUGCCUGCCGCCCGCCAUGAACGUCCCUCAGAGGAGCCCAGAGCCCUGAUGACCCCGUCACCGCUCAGGAGAUCACCGGACCGACCUCUCCGGUCUCCAGACCCUUCUCCUGAACACCAGCACUCUGAGAGCGAGGCUGAGAGUCUGUGUAGUGACGACACACAGGCUCCGCCCACAGCGUCUGACAGACAGGCUCCGCCCACAGCGUGUGACAGACAGGCUCCGCCCACAGCACAUAACGCACCUGUUGUCUCGGACGUAACUAGAGCUGAUGCCGCAGACUCCAUCUCCGUUUCCGCUCCGAAGAUCUCCAUCCCUGCGUCUGCCCAUCACUACUGCUUCUCUCUGGACCUGCGCAGCGUCCGAGAGCUCAGGACCAGCUUCUCCAUCAACUGCGUCCUCAGGUACUCUUACCAGUUCUUCGGCAGCGCGGCUCCCAUCAUGACCGGUCCAGCGGUGGAGCUGAAGAAGAACACGGAGGUGUUUCUGCCGCAGUCGUACUGCGCCUUCGAUUUCGCCGCUUUACCCAAUCAGCUUCAGGACACGUUCCUCCGGGUUCCUCUGGUGGUGGAGAUGUGGCACCGAGAGCCCAGCUCUGGAGACGUUCUGCUGGGUUCUGUCAGCAUUCAUCUGUCUCGCCUCCUGAGCUCAGAGAAAACACGCUUCCUGGACGCGGCGGGCCGGCAGCACUGGAGACAGAGCUGUUCCCAGAGGAUUCCCAUCCUCAGAGCAGACGGGUCUGAGAAGCUGGCUGAGCUCUCUUACGUGAGCGUUCUUGAAGAUCUGGGCUUUGUGAAAACUCAAGACGUCCUCGUCUCUGAAUCGUCUCAGGGGCCGGCUCCGGCUCUGGCUCCUCCUCCUCAGGGCCCCGGGGAGACGGAGACCGUCACUCGACCUCGAGAGACCCUGGAGUACAAGGCAGCGCUGGAGCUGGAGAUGUGGAAGGAGAUGCAGGAGGACCUGUUUGAUAAUCAGCUGAAGCAGAAGGAGUUGAGUCACAUGCAGGCGCUGGCCGAGGAGUGGAGGAAGAGAGAUCACCAGCGGGAGGCGCUCAUCAAGAAGAAGGAGAUGGAGUAUAAGCUCCUGGAGGAGCAGCUGCAGAAGACCCUGUCUGAUCUGGAGAAGCGGGAGAAAGCUCUGGCUCACGCUGAGACCGAGACGCAGAGGCUGCAGCGAGAGAUGCGCUCCGAGCACGAGUUGAGUCUGCGCGAGCUGCAGGACGGAGCCAGGCGUCUGCGCGAGGACUGCGCUCACCAGGUGGAGCUGGAGAGGUCAAAGGUCAGGCAGCUCGAGGAUCUCCUGGCUCAGCAGCGACAGCAGAUACAAGAGUCCGAGAGCAAACACAAGCAGCUGGAGAAGGAGUUCCAGCUGUACCGGGAUCAGCAGAACGUCCGGCCCGAGGUCCGUCUGCAGUCGGAGAUCAACCUGCUGACCCUCGAGAAGGUGGAACUGGAGCGGAAACUGGAGUCUGCGACCAAAUCUAAACUACAUUACAAGCAGCAGUGGGGUCGAGCGCUGAAGGAGCUGGCCAGGUUUAAACAGCGUGAGCAGGAGAGCGCUAUGACUCGUCUGAAGAAGCAGCAGCAGGAGCUGGAGCACAUGAGGUUAAGAUACCUGGCUGCUGAAGAGAAGGACGCCGUCAAGAACGACAAACAUGAGCUCCAGGACAUCAGGAACGAGCUGAACAGGCUGAAGCAGGAGGAUUCUCUCGGCCGGAGGGAAGCAGCUCAGGAGAGUUCAGAUGAACACGUGACUCGUCUUCUGGAGGAGAGGGACACACUCCUCCGCACCGGUGUAUACACACACAGUGACAGGAUCAUCUCAGAGCUGGACAGACAGAUCCAGCAGGCCAUGAGCCGCCGGAGCACCUGACCUCAGGUCUUCAGCAGGAGGCGCUGCUUCUCACUAAAUCACUGCAGGAUCAUUCAUGAGCUUUUAUAUGCCACCUUAUUUAUGGUUUUUGUCUCUGGGGGGAAAGUGUGUGUGUGUGUGUGUGUGUGUGUGUGUGUGUGUGUGUGUGUGUCUGUGUACCUGUGUGUCUGUGUGUGUUUUGUACUAGAUUUGUACCUGUCAGUUUAAAUAAAUAUUUUUGUUAAAAGGAUAACGUCUUUAAGAUUUAAAAUAAAAUAAAGUGUUACCAAGUCUUUUAAUCAGUCAAGUACACGUUUUGGUUGUCUUAUAUUGUAUGUUAGGUGGUUUGAGUGUGUGUGUGUGUGUGUGUGUGUGUGUGUUGUGUGUGUGUGUGUGUGUGUGUGUGUGUUAGUGUGUGUGUGUGUGUGUGUGUGUGUGUGUGUGUUAGCUGGUUUGAGUGUGUGUGUGUGUGUUAAAGCACUAGUUGAUUCUGUCAUCUUUUUCUCUCCGUCAUGUUGUUUUAAAGCUGUUUUCUCUGUUUCUUCUGGAUGUUGUCGCUCGUGAUCAGUGUGAAACAGAGCAGCAGAAUGUUCUUCAGAAGUUCAGUUUUUUCCACAGAAGAAAUAGUCAAGAGUUUUGUUUAUCUAAAUUUUCUUAAAUCAAAAAUAAUUUCUUGGAGAUGCAGGAUGAAGAUAGUCUUGUUUUCUGAGGUCCUGAUGAAGUUUAUGAAUAAAAUGACAAAUAAUUACCAAUGAGAUAUUUUGAAUCAAGUUGACUCCUUUAACAUGUAUUUGUUCUUGUAUUAGUCAUAAACCCAAUUUUUGGAUCAUU